AUGAGGCUGAGAAAGGCUGUCGAGUGGAACGAACCUGCAAAUAUUGCUAACCUCGUCAGCCUCCGCCUUGGAAUCUUCAAUUUGUGCACUCUUCCCGAUGAGGGUAAAUGGUAUUUGGACGAGUUCCCUAAAGUGGCUAGAGAACGUUUUGCGAAGAAGAACGUGUACGAUAUCACCGGAUGCGAUUUGAACGUGACCUCUCCUCAUGAGGAACCGCUGCCGUCUACUUCCACGGGCUCUACUGAGACCAUAUUAAACUGUAGCGGACAUAAUUCAAGCAGUGAUUGCGCUCAUGAGAAGGAAGCGAAGCAACAGAAGCCAUGUUCAUCCCUUUCGCCAUCAUUUCGUGAAGCUAAUGGAAAUGACGACGGUGAAACCUCACAUCAGGCACUUGCCCCGCAUUCGCUGAAUUCAACGCUGAAUCAUUUAUCAACUUUACGAUCUUGCCUAAUGGGGAGUAAAAAAUCGCUGAGGAAACAAGUGAGCUUCUCUGACAGCAUUACGGCGUUCUUCUAUAAGGCCUCAGAUCGUGAACCAUCUCAGGUACCGGAGGAAGGCGAUGGGAAGUUUGCUGGAAAUUAUCGUGUGAGUUGA